GAAGACCCUCACUGGAAAGACCAUCACUCUGGAGGUUGAGCCCAGUGAUAGCAUAGAGAACGUGAAGGCCAAGAUCCAGGACAAGGAGGGAAUCCCCCCAGAUCAGCAGAGGUUGAUCUUUGCUGGCAAGCAGCUGGAAGAUGGCCGCACCCUGUCCGACUACAACAUCCAGAAGGAGUCCACCCUUCACUUGGUCCUGCGUCUCCGUGGAGGCAUGCAGAUCUUCGUGAAGACCCUCACCGGAAAGACCAUCACUCUGGAGGUUGAGCCCAGUGAUAGCAUAGAGAACGUGAAGGCCAAGAUCCAGGACAAGGAGGGAAUCCCCCCAGAUCAGCAGAGGUUGAUCUUUGCUGGCAAGCAGCUGGAAGAUGGCCGCACCCUCUCUGACUACAACAUCCAGAAGGAGUCCACCCUCCAUCUUGUGCUCCGUCUCCGUGGAGGAAACUAAUCCCCCUCUCUAAAGAAGUCUACAGAAAGCCACCCGUCUAUACCAGGGUUGAAUUUACAAUUUUUGCUCUGCCUGUCAGUCAUUCCCUUUUUUUUUCCUUCAUUUUUUAAAGUUUAAAUAAAGAUUGAGCAUUCCUGACUUUUGCAUUUUACUUUAAAUGAUUUAAUUGAGACUGGUUUAGCUGACAGUGUGUUCAUGGGGUUCCACAAUUUGAUUGAUGGUAAUUUAUUAAACGGAAAAUACAUAAGCAUGAUGUAAACGUAUAGGAUCAAAGUAUGCAUAGAUAAAAGUUCACUAUCGGGUAAUACAUAUAAUGUUGACUGUUUUUCGACAAACCCCCCAGAAUGGAGCCGCUGAAAAUAUUGCUGUGACAAAUGUUGGUAACUAAUAAAAUGACUUGAACUGUCA